AUGGAUCACCAAACCACGACACUUCAUUCAUCAUCUUUAGAAGCCCCUAGUAGUAACACUGCCGGUGUUAUGGCAGAAAAAACAUCAAUACCACCAGCACAACAACAACAACAACAAUCAUCAUCAUCAAUAAUACCAGAGACAUCCACAUUAUCAUCAGAGAUGCGUAUAGAGGUUCUACAACGAACAUUGAAUUUAUUAAGACAGGAGGUACUUAUACCAUACUAUGAACCAGUUGAGCGUCUUCGUGUGACAAAUAAUCGAGCAGUGUGUGUACAAGAUCUUGUGAAGGCACUUGACACGGCAUCUUUUGAUAGGGGUACCAUUGCAUAA